CAAACAGUAAUCAGUAGAGUUGAUUGAUUCCACCUGACCGCCGCCUUGGAGCGCCUCUCAGUCUGUGAAGGCACCAAACCUCUCGACCAAUGAAGAUGUGACUGUUGUUUGAGAUCUGCUGCAUGCUGGUUAAAGUGUUGCUGAACAGGAAGUUGAAGUGUAGACUUUACAUUAACAGACAUGAGGGUCUGUCAUCAUCUUCUUGUGUUGUUGUUUCUAGCAGGCUUAUGCUCACUCGUUGACAGUUAUGUCUGGCGGCCGAUUCCAGGAGCUCUACAAAACGUUAGUGCAAAUGACACGGGUGUAAAGAAGGCUGUCCUGGUGGGAACAUACUCAUUCAACAAUAAAUCCAAUGAUGCUUUUCUGUUCAGAGCAUCAGCUAUUGAUGAUGCAAAGAGACAGAUAGUGAAAGGUAUCGUCUACGUUCUGACAGUAGAGAUCUCCCGAACUAUGUGCAGAAAGAUGGGCAAUAAUGAUGACCUCCCCAACUGUCCCUUUCAGACAGACAGUCUAUUAAAGCAGACGUUCCUCUGUCACUUUGAAGUAUGGUCCAUUCCGUGGAUGAAGAAAAUGUCAACCACAUAUUUUAACUGUAAUUCUUUUGAUACUCUGAAAUGACUUUUUCAUUAAAACACAAAUAAAAAUGAAGCAGUGAAUAGUGCAAACUAUUAAACAUAAACUGAUUAAAAUAAGGUUAGUGACUGGCUGUUCAUCUCUAGAUGGACAUCAUCUUAGUUUAUAAACUGCUAAGCUUAAGUCUUCAAUGAUGAAGAGAUGUCUCAGUGUAUAUAUCUUCAAUCUUUAGCUGUGCUAUACUGUACACAAGUGCCAAUUGAUGGGUUUAUAAGAACAGAUUUAUUCAGUUGAUAUGUGCUACUCAUUUACUACUUGCUGAGAAAUAUGCAUGACAUAUGAUCAAUAAAUGUGUACAAGCAUUCAAUGGGAAUGCAGACUUUCCACUGGAAAUCAAUGGGACGUUCCCCAGACAGGGUUUAAGCCUAGUCCCAGACUAGUAUGUCUAAUGUGUCUUAACUGAAAGCAACUUAAUAUAUAU